GAGCCCCAGAACCGCCCCGCCCCGGGCACGGCACGGACCGGCACAGCUCCAGGCGUUGCACGGACCGGCACGGCCCAGCUCGGCUCGGUACGGUACAGCCCAGAACAACCCAGGAUAGCCCAGGGCACGGCACAGCCCGGGACACCUUGACACAGCCCGGUUCGGCACAGCCCAGUUCGGCCAUGCCGCGGUUCAGCCUGGAGGAGAGCAGGCGGUGUGGGGAUCAGUUCGUGCAGUUCCUGCAGGACACGGGGCGGCAUCAGGAGAGCCAGCGGGACACACUGCGGAGCAUUUACACCCAGGAGUUUCGGGGCAGAACUGGUACCAAAGCACCCAACUUCUCUUGUGUCUUGUACGCACUGAGGGUGAACCACCAGGCGCUGGUGCACGGGCAGUCGGUGCACUUCAAGAAGGCGAAGAAGCGUGUGGUGGUAGCAGACCAGUACCGGAGACCCAGAACAAAUGCAGAGGCAUUGGUGCCCACAUCUGCCCCAGGGGAGCAGCUCAGAUCUGGUCCACAAGUUCCCCAGAACCUUACCAAGAAGUGGGCCAAGUUGAUCCGUGGGAAGCACGGGGUGAAGAUCACCUCAGAGCACGACCAAGGCAAUGGGCACAUCCGCUUCCCAGUGGUGCCCAGUGAGCCCCAGACCAUCACCAUCCUGGUGCAGAACUGUGGGGCAGAGGCAGUGACACUGCAGCGCUGCCAGCCCUACAAACAGGUGCCCGAGCUCUCAUUCACCGACGAGCAAGGGGCAACGCAGGGUCAGUCCCUGCUGCUGCACCCAGAUGGCACAUACCCUAUCCAGGUGAGGUGCCUGACCUCCUACAAUGGACACUUCCCUGCCACGGUGGCUUUCAUGUUCACCAAGGAGCCAGAGGAGCCCUUCAGCAUCUGGCGCCACAUCACUGCUGUGGCUGAGAGCCAACUGGCCAAGGACCUGGGGCCCUCGGCACCUUACCAGCCUUACCAGAGGAGGCUCCAGCACCCUGUCACCAUCAUCACCGAGGAGGGCAUCCCCCCUGACAGCUUCCAGAAAUAUGAACUGGAGAUGGAAAUCCCUCUGCGCUUCUGCAAGUACCCCAAGAGCCUUAAGGACGCAAUCCUGCAUGGACUCAACACCAGUGCCAGAUGGGCUUACUGGCAGUCACUGCUGGAGGCUCCUCUGCAGGCUGAGAACUACCAUCGGAAGUUCCAGCUGCUGCUGCACCUGGAGGAGAUCCAGAUGGAGGUGGACAUCCAUCGUUAUGACAUGCAGGAUGUGCCCAUGGUGCAGGACAGGGAGCUGCUGGUCCUCGACGUGCCCGGCGUGGCUGAGAGCCGCCCGUCUGUGCUGAAGGGAGACCACCUCCUCGUCAACUUGAGCAGAGAGCGGGACCACUCCCCACUCACCCAGUACAAGGGCUACGUGCACAGCGUGGAGCUGGAGAAAGUCCGGCUGGGCUUCUCCCCCAAGCUGCUGAAGAAGUUUGUGAAAAACAUGAAGUUUGAUGUGACCUUCACCAUCAACCGGCUGCCACUGCAAGUCCAGCACCGGGCUGCAGCCCUGGCCAUGCAGUCUGGGCUGUCCAGCCUCCUCUUCCCCUCUGCCUCCUGCAACAGUUCCCUCUUCACAGGCACCUUCCAGCUCCAGUGGUUCGACCGCAAGCUGCAGGCAAACGAGGAGCAGUGCAGAGCUGUGAGACACAUCGUGACAGGGAUGUCCAGGCCAGCCCCCUACCUCAUCUUUGGCCCCCCUGGGACUGGCAAAACCGUCACCCUGGUGGAGGCCAUCAAGCAGGUAUGGAAGUGCUUUAAGGAUGCCCGGAUCUUGGCCUGUGCCCCUUCCUAUACUGCUGCAAACCUCCUGUGCCAGCGCCUCAUCCAGGACAUCAACCCCAAGCACAUCUACAGGAUCAUUGCCAGCUCCAGGAACUACCAGGAGGUGCCUUCUGAGAUCAGGCCCUGCUGCAACUGGGACGAUGAGCAGAGCUGCUAUGUGUACCCAAGCAAGAAGGUCCUGGGGCGAUAUCGGAUCCUCAUCACCACCCUGGUGACAGCAGGAAGGCUGGUGUCGGCCAACUUUCCCCCAGGGUUUUUCUCCCACGUCUUCAUCGACGAGUGUGGGCAGGCAGCAGAGACAGAGAGCGUGGUCCCCAUUGCGGGGCUCCUGAGCGCCAUGGACCAGAAGACCAACCCCAAAGGGGGGCAGCUGGUACUGGCAGGAGACCCCCAGCAGCUGGGCCCCAUCCUGAGGUCACCACUGGCCAUCGAGCACGGCUUGGGCACCUCGCUGCUGGAGAGGCUGAUGCUGCACAAUCCCCUGUACAAGAAAUCGAGAGAAGGAUACAACCCACAGUUUGUCACCAAACUGCUCUGGAACUACAGGUCCCACGAGGCCAUCCUCAGGAUCCCCAACGAGCUCUUCUACGACAGUGAGCUGAAGCCCUGUGAGAGCAACGGGCUUGACAUCCGGAAUGUGUAUUGCACCUGGGAUGAGCUUCCCAAAAAAGGUUUCCCCAUCAUCUUCCAUGGAGUUCGUGGGGAAGACCAGAGAGAGGCCAAGAGCCCCUCGUUCUUCAACACAUCUGAGAUUGAGGUGCUGGUCGACUACCUCAAAAAGCUGCUGCAGAGCCAGGGCAAGGGGGGCUGCCCCAGUGUCUCUCCCAAGGAGAUCGGCAUCAUCUCACCCUACAGGAAGCAGGUGGAGAAGAUCAGAAAAGCCAUCACAUCCCUGGACCCUGUUCUGCGGGCAAUGCCAGACAUCAAUCUGCUGAAGGUGGGCUCUGUAGAGGCAUUCCAGGGCCAGGAACGACGUGUCAUCCUCGUUUCCACUGUGCGCAGCUGCAGCGAGUACUUCAAGCUUGACCAAAACUUCAGUCUGGGCUUCCUCAUGAACUUCAAGAGGUUCAAUGUGGCCAUCACCAGGGCCAAGGCUCUGCUGAUUGUGGUGGGUAACCCAGCUGUGCUCAGCAAGGACCAGCACUGGCAGAGGUUCCUCAGGUAUUGCAGGGAGGAGGGUGGCUACAGAGGCUGCCCCUAUGAGGAGGAGAGCUCUGCAGAGGAUGGCCUCACCAGCGAGUUCCAGGAGCUGCACCUUGGCCAUUAGCAGCCAGGUAAGCAGUGCUGGGAGCUGCCAGAGCAGCCCUGGUGAGGACCAGCAUUGCCCACUCUGCCCACCCUGCACUGGGUGCCCCUGAGAAGCUGCUCCUGCAGCAAUGUGUCAGGGACCAGGAGGAGUUCUCAUUUAGGAGCUGCCUGUCCCCUCCCAAGUCCUGCCCAGCUCUGUCACAGGGUUCCUCUGCAGUAAAUCUUCCUGGGAAAAGAGAAGAAGCGCAGUGGAGCUCCAGCCCCCAGCCUGCCCCUGGCCUGCUCUCCCCUGCCUGGCUCCCCUGGGCUCUGGUGCUGUGCAUCCCUGGGAGAUGGGGCUCCUGCCAGCCUUGAGCCCCAGCAUGGACCCAUGGCAGCCACCUCCCUUCACAGAGCAGGACAGCACCAGCACUGGACCGGGAGCAACCUCCAUGUCAAGCAGUUUUGGGCAUAUCCAUGUAGAAGCUCAUUCCCUGGGACCAGUCUCACCGUUCAGUGAAUGGCUAAAGUCAGAGUCCAGCCUUGGAGAGCAUCAGGGCGUGCAGGGGAGCUCAGUGCUGCUGCAGUGGGUGAGGGGGGAGCUGGCAGCAGGCAGGGACCCAGCUGGGCCUCCCUGCCACACAGCUGCCUGGCCUCAGCCACACAGGCAUGCUUCUCUGUCUUCCCUGGA